AAGUAGCUACAGAGAGAGAAAGAAAGAGAGAGAGAGAGAGAGAGUUAAUUUGUAUGUCAAAGGAGAAAAGUAUCCAAGUUUUUCCAAGUUUCCGUACCAAUUCGUCAUAGUGCUCAACUGCCUUAUUUCAUCAAGACAAUUUUUCUCUCCAAACACACAUCUUGAGGUAAUUAAGAAGGGGGAUGAGCGCAUCAAAAUCAUUUCUCAAUCAAAAACAAAGAAGAUGAUACCAAGAUCUCAUCACUACUAUUUCUUGUUGAUCAACAAGUUGGAAUUGGAAAUAGGAAGCAAAGUAGUUUCAUAAAGAUCAAGAGAUCGAUGGUGAGAAGUGACGAUAGUUCCGAAGUUUCCAGACCAAGCCCUUCAAAGGAGAACGAACCCGAGGAUGACUAUGAUCAGCAGCUCGACAACGAUAGCCAGCGGCUGAAGAAUGGUGGAAGCUCAAGCAAUAGCACAGCAGAAGAGAAUGCAAAGACGGGAGCUUCUGGAUCUGUAAGGCAGUAUGUUCGUUCCAAGACACCAAGGCUCCGAUGGACUCCUGAUCUCCAUCUUUGCUUUGUUCAUGCAGUUGAAAGACUAGGUGGACAAGAUAGAGCAACACCUAAGUUGGUUCUUCAAUUGAUGAACAUAAAGGGUCUAAGCAUAGCUCAUGUCAAGAGCCAUCUUCAAAUGUACAGGAGUAAGAAGAUAGAAGAUCCGAAUCAAGUUCUAUCAGAGCAAGGGUUUUUCAUGGAAGGAGGAGACCACCAUAUUUACAACUUCAGCCAACUCCCUAUGCUACAAAGUUUUAACCAAUGGCCUUCUAAUUCGGCUUUAAGAUAUGGAGAUUCUUAUCGGCGAGGUCACGAUCACCAGAUUUAUUUCCCUUAUUCAGGAAGAGCAGCUCUUGGUAGUUCAAGACAUGGACUAUAUGGUUCAGCCGCUGACAGAAUGCUCAGAAACAAUAACAUUGCCACUUCUUCAAGUAGUAAUCUUUCACCACUAAACAAUCCUUCUUUCAACAAAAUUGCUACUUGGAGAAGAAAUCAAGCUCAGGACGAGUACCUUUCGUUUCAUAGAUCUUGGCAAGAGCCAGUUAGACCGAAUUCAUCAUCAAUGGAAGCUAACCUUCAUCAUCAAGCAAUUUCUUUAAAGAACAAUGGGUCUAUUACUACAAAUAGUAGAACAAUUCAAGAAGCUGGUCAAAACCCAUUGAAAAGAAAGAGUUCGGAAUCGGAUUGUGACUUAGAUUUGAAUUUAUCUCUGAAAAUAAGACCAAAAGAUGAUGAACUAGUAGUUUAUGAGAAGGGUUUGGAAGGUCAUGAAGAAGUGCUUAGUAGUACUUUGUCUCUUUCUCUGUCUUCAACUUCAUCCUCGAAGCUUAGCAGGGUAAAAGAAAAAGGUGGUGAUCAUCAAGAUAGGAAGCAAGCUAGGAGGAUGGCAACAAGUACUUUUGAUCUGACUUUAUGAAUGAGACAAUUCUGAGUGAGAUCUUGAAGUACUUGU